AUGGCCGCGCAGCUCGGGUGCGAGUUAGCGAGUCCGCCGCUUGCGCGGAAACAGACGAAGACCGCCGAAGAAAGUCCCGCGGACAGCUCAAAAAAGCGACAAAUUUAUCUGCAAAGUCACCAGGCAGAUAAAGCGGGGCCGGACGCUCAAAGUCCUCGACAAUUUCCGCCGAGCUGGCGUCGAGCGCCAGCUGCAGCGCGAAAAGACGAGAGGGCGCGCGCGGUCAUCUGGCACUGGGAGGCCGUUCUUGAGUCGGAGGUCAGCAACGCGAGACUCACGGGCAGCAGCAGACGGAACGCCGGCUUUUCGGAUGACGAGUACGAGUAAGACGCGCAAACGACACGUGGAUCUGAAAACGGAGAUAUCCGCCGGAGGAAAAGGCAGAAAAAGUGGAGAAUACGUGAUGUGCAUGGAGCCUGGCGUCGCAGCGAGCUGCCGAAGCCCCGUGAUCACCUCCGUGUCUGGGAUGUACAUAACGCCUGAAUGACGUCGGCGGUUCUUGGGACGAGAGGCCGAGCAACUCCAGAACGCGGCCAAAUGCGUGUAGAAUCGCAAGGGCAAAAGAAGUUUGGUUGCGGUCUUGCCACGAAAAGAGAUUGCGUCUCAUUUGCACGGGAAAAGGCCCCAAACGGGGAACCGCACGUGAACGCCCGCCUGCGAGUCAAGAGAGUUUAGGGUCUACGCAGCAGCAGCUAUCGCUCAAGCGGAGACGACAUACGGGACAGUUUCUGAAUGUAUUUUGUCGAGAUUUCUUCCUCAACGACAGAAGCUUCUUGCCCCUUUCAUCGUUCUGCCGUUCAGGACGACCGAUUGGACUGUCUACAACGGGUGUUACCUUGUCGCCGCCGCGGCGGCACAGCACAAAGUCUUUUUGCUAGGUUGUUCCAGCUGUCUUCAUUUGCCGACUUUUUCUCAUGUGUCUUUGUUGGUCUGCACAAUUUCGCUCUGCUCGUCCCUCCAGUUACGCACGUCUUAGGUCGGGGCGGCUUGCACUUUCCUCUCCGUUGAAAAACAAUUUCUCUGUUUCUCUCUCGUGCUUCUCUAGAUCUGCUGCAUGUGCGACCGCCACGUGAGCAACUCUCCAGGUCUCUCCCUCGCAUUAUUUCACACUGCUGUUUAGGCGUCGACGUGGACGUGAAAGGGAUCCUCACCUCUUCAAAAUCGAUUUUUGCAGGUUUCCUCGGCAGUCGAGAAACGCGCAGAUG